UUUUUUUUCUUAUUUAGUCUGUAUAUCUAAAAAUGAACCAUUUUACAUUUAUUUCAAGCAAAAAUAGCUUUUAGAUAGAGUGUAAAACAAAAAUUAUCUCAAAAUAAGAAACAUUCACCUUUUUCCUUGAAAUAAGAAAGUCACUCAUUGGAAGGUAUUUAUUUCAGGUUUUUAAAGAAAGGACAUCUUCAAGGUUAUAUUUUGUCAUAACAUAGACACUGUUUCUGAAAUUGACUGGGUAAUAUGACGUAAAAUCAAGUAGGUUUUCAACAUCAGUCAGUUCAGUUGCUUGGGCAAGGUUGGGAAUUGCAAUUUCAUAGGCAAGAAAGUCUUUGUUGAAACCCAAGGUUUCAUACACCUGGUAUUCAAAACAAUAAAGUACACUAUUAACAAUAAAAAUGUUUUUUACAAGUCCAAAGAUAGGGUUUAAACCAUUUGCUGAAAUGAGUAUAAGAGACCUGUCACAGAUGUACAGUAUUUGUUUCCAUGUAAAAUAAGCCACUUUACUCUAACGGCAUGAUGUAUAGCAUCUUCAAUCCCCAAAAAAUCUACAACCUUUGAUUGCAAAUGGUCCAUAUUAGCAACCUCUGAUAUAGGACCUAGUUCUUUCUCAUUUACAAAUAUCGGAUGCUCAGUUCCUGCUUCACUUUGGCAACACUCCAGCAGCUGAUUGUGGUUUACAAGAGACUUGCACACAUUCUUAAAGUUUAAUUUGGAUGACCAUUGUUUAAAAAAAAACUGUGUUUAGACUUGAAUCUCAUGCACAUAUGACGUAUUACAGGUCCCAGGGCAAUAAUUUGAGAGGGAAGAUGCAGCAUGUAAUGUUGCUUUGGGAUUACAUUUUUUUCUGGGAACAGUUGCCUGAAUUGUUUAAGAUGAUCUUCUAUCAUUUUUUUUAGUUUGGACACAGUUUGUAAAGACACAACUGGGGCAAAAAGUAUUUUAACAAUUUCAAUUAAAUCCAAAAUAAACUGAAUAAAGGGAUUUUUCUCUACAACACUGUACAAUAAGAAUGGCAAAAUCUUGAUCAAUAUAAGCAUUUGUCCAGAGGAUUGUUUGAGUCUGUUGUCACUUGAAGCUAAAGUAGCAAUACUAAUUGGUGAAGGCUUGUCACGUAUGUCCGCUGAUGAAAAAGGAAAGUUCUGCAUGGCAGAAUUAAACAAGUCCAAUUCCAAAUUUCCAGAUAAAACAAGGUAUUUCAACACACACUUAAUUUCCAUUGGUGCCACUCCUUCAAGAAUUACAUGCAUAAUAUCCUGUGGCAUCUGCUCUGUGAGAUUAAAACCUGGGAAAUCAACUAAUCAACUAAUCAACUCAUGCUGGGCAAGAGUGUCUCCGCAGCUAGUUUGGGAAAUACCAAGUUCAUGGGGGGAGGGGGGUAUUACAAACUGUAGCUGUAAAAACAAAAAAUGGUCACAAAUAAGGUAAAAUGAAAUAACACCUAUAAGAGUUUAUUUUAAAUCAAUGAAGAAGAAAUUUACCUAUCAUACUGACUGUGUUUUAUGAACGUACAAACCACUAAAUUGUAUAUAGAAGCAAAAAUUGAGAUGUCCACCCCCUUCAUGUUCUAUGUUAGUUGUUACCUAACUCCGUUUGAAUUUGGAGUCACAGGAAUCUUCUGCACUUGAGCGUUGAAAGACAAAAUGUAAGAGAAAACUUCAUCAAGGAAGAGAGAAACCUGAAACAACUUCUUCACCCUGGGUAGUUGCUACAGGCCCUCCAACUGCUGAUGCUAAUGUAGGCCAGCUGAAAACCUUGCAGCUCCCCAGUCCUCCGGAAUAUGUUGUGUACACCGACAGUGAGUUGGAGCAAUGCCGAAAGAGUUACCUGGAGUUGGCCUGCUCCGGCAGGGAACAAGCAUGCGUCAUGUCAAAAGAACUGAGAUGCAGAUUGGUGAGAAAUACAAUCACAAGUAUGGUGUCCCUUUUGAGAGCAAGCCAAGGCCAAAUGGAGUGAUACCCCUCUAAGACCGAAAUCACUGCAAUGGCUAAAAAAGUUGUGGAAUAUUAUCCUAUGCUGCAGGAUAAUGAUGCAAGCGUAAAACACGAGAGCAUUAAUGCCAAGUUACAAAAAAGGCUGCAAAAUAUGAAAACCCCAGUAAAAAGGCAAGGACCAACACCGGAGAGGGGACGGCCCAAGAGAAGGCUCACUGACCUCUCCCCAAGGGAUGAAGAAGCUGAUGAUGAAGAUGCUGAUCGCAGUUCUUCCAGUGGUGCAUCUACUCUGUUAUCACCUGUCAGAAAUUCUGACGAUGCCUCCACUUCAUCUGACAAGGAUAGUCGGCAAAUACAAGCAAGACAUUACAAAACAUUACAAGAAAUGUGCAAGAAGGCAAAACCAAACCAAGAAGAUGUGUCCCAGCUAUUAGACCUCGAGUUUGAAGCCAGAAGAUCCUUCAUUGACUCAGACACCAUGAAAGAGGAGAACAGAGCUCGCCUCAUCUUGGAUGCAUAUCCAUUCUUUAAAGAAUUGCAUCAUGCAUUGGGUGAGCUUCGCAGAAUUUUGGAUCCCCACAACAAGUUCAUCAGUCAAAUAAAACUGAGAUGGGAAGAAUUCUGCUCCAGGGUAGAGUUCUACGGUGUGUCAAAGAAGGCAAUGAAUCCACCAAUGACCAUGGACAAAACUGAAGCCCACCUUGCACUGAUGAAGGCUCUUCCAACGCUCUUUCCCACACCUGCCCAUCCACCAAAAAAGAUGGGGAAUGCUUCUGAAGCAUUUCUACAUGUCCUGAAGCCUACAGAAGAUCCAGAUGCUGUCCUCCAGAAACGAAGCUUGUCAUGUCCAGUAGUGAUGUUCGAUGGCUGCAAGUGUGUCAUUGCUGUUGGUAAUUUACCAGUUACAACAUUUGACAAAGAAAAACUUGGUGAGGCUAUGAUAUAUGUGAUGGCAUACUUUUAUGCACUCCAUCUGACUUACCCCAAAUGCGUGGCAACCCUGCUGUCUGUCAUUCAGACAGAAGUUCUCCAGGAUGCCAUUCAUGAGCAUGACACUACAUCAUCUUACAGAAAAGCCCUGGCAGAAUGGCAUGCAUUUAUUGGAAAGUAGUGUGUAAAUUUCAGAUAAGAUUAUGAGAGGGCACUUUUGUUUUGUUUUUUGUUUUUUCAAUCUGGGUCUUAUUUCUAAAAUGGAAAAUGUUCAUUUACUCACCCAGACAAGAUCUGUGGUAUUUGGUGUCAUUCGAAAGAAAUUUGAAUCUUUGUGGUCUUCCUAUGUCACUCGUCAAUUUUAAUGGGGCAAUGGCGAAACCUCUAAGGCUGUUGAAAUGUUGAAACCACUUAAACAAACUCAUAAUGUUGGACCUGUACUGUUCAAUUGUAUCUUUAUUAUCUGCAGGUUAUUGUUAAAGUGGACAAAUAAAGAUGGACACUUUUGCUCUGUUUCAGUUUUGUUUUGUCCUUAAUCAGCAAUAUAAUCUUAAAGUAGUGUUUAGCUAAAUUUAAAAAGCAGAAAUAUCUUUAAAAUGAUUUAAUGUACUAGUUUUUAGACUAUUUGCCUUGAUUUGUUCGUUAGAAUAAGUGUUUUAUGCCUAUUUUCAGAUUUAAUUUCUUCAACAUUUUACUUAGAACAAGUGGUUAAAGCUUAUUUUUAGGUUUCAAGCCAUGAUUGGUUGCCUGGAAUAAGUGUAAAAGACUUAUUUUUAUCUUUAUUAUCUUUAUUUGUGGCCUACAAUAAGUGGUUAAAGCUUAUUUUAAGUUUCAAUUGUUCUGAUUUGUUGCCUGGAAUAAGUGUAAGAGACUUAUUUUUAGCUUUAUUAUCUUAUUUGUGGCUUACAAUAAGUGGUUAAAGCUUAUUUUAAGUUUCAAUUGUUCUGAUUUGUUGCCUGGAAUAAGUGUAAGAGACUUAUUUUUAGCUUUAUUAUCUUAUUUGUGGCUUACAAUAAGUGGUUAAAGCUUAUUUUAAGUUUCAAUGUUCUGAUUUGUUGCCUGGAAUGAGUGUAAAAGACUUAUUUUUAGCUUUAUUUAAAUCUAGAUAUUGUUCUUAUUUCAAGAAAUCUUGUUAAGAAAAAAACACUUACCCCAUGGGCAGAUAAUUUCACUUGUUUUAAGCAAAUCUUCACCAAAAAUAAGUGUAUUUUUCUAGUAUUAAGGAGGUGGGUUUUUGCAGUGCAAACUGUACAACUUGGGACUUGGGGAAAGUCAGAGGACUAGCAGGCUGAGGAGAGGGGUGAAUGAUGUCAGAGACUGCAAUAAACCAAACAAAAUAGACCAACACUUUGCCAUUGUUCACACUUUAAUUGCUGGAAUUCCUUUGAUUGUUACCUUUUUAAAUUCUUACUGCUGUUGAUAUUUUGUUUUUAAUUAUUUGUACCUUUUGGGGGUUUUCUGUUUGUUUGUUUGUUUUGUAUUUAAUGUGAACUGAUGUUGUGCUGCUGGAAUCAUAAUUUCCCUAAAGGGACCUCCCCAAGGGAUUACACCAAGUUCCAAAUUAUUAUGCAAAUUGUGUUUAAGUCUCAUAAAGAUUAAAUAAGUUGUUUUUCAAUUAAA